AUGUCAUCCACAGUUCAUGUCGAAUUCCUUUCACGUAUUAUGGAUGAAGCAUGUAAAGAAUGGAAACAGAAAUUUCAAACAUUCUCUGUGGAAUUAUUACAAAGUAUAGUAUUAAUCUUUGAUGUUGGCGCAGAAUAUUUGACUGAACUUUCAAAGUCUACGACUUAUAAUGAACAAACCAUUGAAGAUCAUGGAAAUGUUGAACGUAUUAUAUGUAAAUUAAAACAAAUAAAAAACUCUUUGGGCAAUUUAUGGCCAACAACUAUCACUUGCUUUCGUAGAGAUGCAUUUGAUGUUGGAUCAUAUCACGUCAAUGCAGACGAGUAUUUUCAUCCUACUCCAUUUUAUCCAAAACAAUCCUUUUUUAAAACAACUAAACUCCCAAAUAGUUUACAGUACUAUAUUCUAGGAAAAACAGUUGUAAAUACACAUUCUCAAAUCCGUCCGUAUUUGUCAACAAUACCUGAUUAUUAUCAAAUACGAAUGAAUGUUAUCGAUGAUUUAAAUAGUCAAGACUCUCAAGCGUUAGCUACACUAACAAUUCCAUCAUACAGACUUUAA